AUGUCUCCUCAGUCCCUUGCCGUCCCAUCGGCCCCUCCACCAUCCGAGGACGAUCAAUUCACGAGCAGUGUUUGGAGAAAGCGAUAUGACAAGAGGCCUCUCUCCUCAAACGCCGUAGUUGCCAUUCUCGACGUCGAAUACAACGAACUAGCCCAGUCCUGGAAACGGUUUCAAGACAGCCUCCCUUCCGAAGAUCACGUUGAAUUCCAGGAACGCGCACAAAUUGCCGAAGAUGUCUUCCGAGUGGUGCAGAAUGUACAGACUGUAUGGAUGUCCAGCUCCAAGCAACGAUUAUUUAUGCGCUCGAUGGCCCUUUGUGACAAGUUCUUAUCCACAUUGGAUCCACAUUCCAUGCUUUUAGUGGCUCUUCCGAAGAAUGAGUUCUACGUAUCUCUCUUCUAUGGCGUUUUGCAGUCCAUCCUGAAGGCUUCUGCAAACUAUCCAAGACUCGCGGAGGGUCUCAUCAAAAUACUUGUCCAGAUGAAUCAGUCGAUUUGCUUUCAAGAAGGAGGGAACAACUCGCUUCUUUCAAAAGACUCAAUCCAUUCAGUUGCCCGGUUCUAUUCGCUAAUCUUUUUCCUGUUGGGGGAGCUGAUGGACUGGUAUGUGAGAAGCUCUAAGUGUCGACAGCUGAAGAGUCUUAAUCAAGACAUAUACUCGGAUUUCCGUGGGCUUGUUUGGAGUAUUCGACGCAGUGCAAAUGAUAUUGUUCGUGGAUUCCCUGACGAGAUGGAUUUGGAUGAUACCGAUUAUGAAAACCGACGAAAUCUCAUGCAGAAUAGCGACCUAUUAUUGUGGGAGGAGGCCAGAUUGAGCCAAAUCGGCUUGCAAAAAUUGGACCGUCGACUUGCUGCACAAAAUGCCAUGACUCGUCAACUGAUCUGGGAAAUCCAACAUAAUGCGUCAGAGCGUCUCAAGAUGAAUAAAGAAAGAGAGAUACUUCUUUCACAAAUGCUGAAUUCCGUAAGCCAGCGGAUGCGCCCGGUUAGCCAGCAAAGCAGUGGCAUCGCCUGCUUGACUACAACUGCUGCGCAGGAUUUAGGUAUGCAGGAAGGUUACCUUGGGCUAGAGGAGCCGUUGGAACUAACACUACCAUUCGCGCAAGACACAUCCAGGUUCAAGUGGUCCCAGGGGUUCAAACAUAAGUAUACCCGGGUUGAACUGCAGUUCGCUUCCAAACAUCUUCAAGACUUCUUCAACUGCGAUGAUCAAGUGGCUGAUUUUGAGCCCGAUAUGACCGUGAUUGCUGAAGACAGCCUAACAGCCUCUUUGCACCACUGGGCAACCAGCGCUCAUUCCCAAGCUCUCGCCGUUGGCGGUUCGCCAUCUACAGGUUUCCUAAGUCCAGUUGCUCUCGUAUCCGCCUGUUACGCCUGUUUUUCUCGGCAAGCCAAACUGCCAGUAAUCUCCCACUUCUGUUCCCUUCCACCGAAAGCAAGAGAGGGAAUGACGCUCUUCGAACAAGGCCUCAUAGCGUUGACCUAUAGUUUGAUCCGACAAUUAAUCGACUAUCUGCCACCCGUAUUGGUAGGCCAUACAGCUUGCAACCUAAGCGCGGAGCGGUUUAGCCCUUUGGAUGGCACUAUGACGUCCUGGAAGGAGGUUCUCUCGCUAAUCGAUAUACUCUUGCACUACGCCCCACCCCUCGUUGUGUGCGUGAUCGACGGUUUAGACGUUAUUCAGGAUGCAUCCACAGAUCAGCAUAUUCGGUCUCUCGUUCGAACUCUCCUGACCCAUACUCGACAUCAAGCAGCUCGGAUGCCGGACGGGAGUGAGAGUCAAAGUGUGUUGCUAAAAGUCUUAUUCACCGUUGCUGGACGACCGAGUUCGCUCGUGGAGACGCUAUCUGAGAAUCAGCUCAUCUUGAGCGAGUCGAAUAAAAAUGACGACGUAGCUGCCGUGGAUCAAACCCUGAACCCCGAUGUUGGGGUUGUUAUGAUGAAUGCAUGA